UUGCAUGGAUCUCACUGAAAAAAUUUGAGGCAUUUGCAAGUGAGUGUUUAUGAAGGAGUGGCAAUCAAAUUUAGCAUUGUCUGUCUAUGUAACACGUCAUAGUAAUCGUUAACUCUAAAACCUAAUUACAACUAACUGAAUUUAAAAACAAAAAAAACAAAAGUUGAAGCAAAGCAAAAACUGUCGUGAAAAAUGCAAAAAUUAAAUAACUGAGGCACCAGUUUACCCAAAUGAGAAUAAAUGGAGAAUGGAUAGAAGGCUAAUCUGCUAAAGGCAGACACUGGAAAUUAUUGAAUGUUCAAAGCAAAUAACCCUGAACGUGGCAUUUGAUCCAGUAUUUUAUUAUGACUACUACUAUGCGAUGUAAACUCUGUUGAAUUUUCACUGUCAACAUACUGUGAGCAUUACAGUAUGUUACAUCAUUUACCCUCCGGUCAGAUAUGCUUUGCGUUACCCUAAUAGGUCAUUGCCUCAAUACCACCACAUGUAACACUUGUUGCUUGUAAACUUUUUUUUGUAUUUUUUUAACAGUCAUAUUUGUUCUAGCUUAGCCACUCCAUUUUGUACAAGGCACAAACUUGAUGGCUGAGAAAAAGUUUAUAUCCCCCCCCCCCCUUUCAGAAAGAGGGUGGAGUUUGUGCUCCAUGGACAACCGGACACUCCGCCCCUCUGUCCCCCGGUAUCCAAGCUUCCGUUGCCGGAUUCCAGGUUCUCACGUACCGGCACCUCCAUGCUCUCUCGCCACGGACGUCGAAGAACUUUUUGUACAUUGGCGCACCCUGGAUUAACAUUUUGCUUUCUUUGCAGAUGAAGUUUUGUAAGUGCCACGUAGACAGUCAAAAUUCCUCGACUUUUUUUUUUGUCUUUCGUGGCGUUCAACCGUUUCAGUCUUUAAGCCGUUCGGGAGCCGUCACCCUCGGCUGGGCCCCCGGAGCAAACAAAAAGUAUCUCGUCAGACUGAGUCACUCGAUUUUUUUCAACUCUUGAAUGCGAAGGUGGGGAUUAAUGAUUUUUUUUUUUGCGUGUUCCGCUCUAACUUGACUCACUGGCUGACAGCAAAUACAGUCAUCCGCCAGACAGCUGCCCGCCUCCCGUCCUGCCUCCCCCAUGUUCGCCGGUCCCCGGCACACUGUGCUCGUGUCGACCCCCACUUCGGCAGGUGUAAAGGCGCGGCUGUGGGCGGGGGAACCUUUGUUCUUCCAACACCUUGAGUUUGUUUGAGAGAAAGUAGACGUUUGUGUUUGUAUGGUCCCUUUUUCUUGGACUUUUAAUUUCCCUCAAAUGAGAAGUUUCACUCUGGAGGAAUACUGGUCAUGCUUAUCUCUUCCUGGUGUGGUGAACGACAGAACCGGAAUGAAAGCAGGGUAGAUUGUGAAAUUUCUACGAACCGCCGAGUGGGAACGAGUGUUACUUUCUUAAGUAUUUCUUAACGAGUGGAUUCAUCGUCAUGGCGUUGUCUCAAAUCCAAUGUCUGGACGACCACCACGUCAACUGGCGUGUUUGCGAGGGCAAGCCGGAGUUCUUCUACAGUGAGAACCAGCGGCUAGCCCUGGAGAAGCUCAUCACCCAGGGACGGGGUGCUUUCACGGACUACCUCCGCGAGAACGAAGUCCGGGACUUCCUCUCCGAAACCGAGCUGGAACGGAUCGCCCACACGGCCGAGCUUUACCGGCCCGGGCAAGAGCACCACCAGAAACCGGACACCCCCGGGGGCCACGCUGGGAACACGACCCCGGGAUCCGGGGAAGAUGGAGCUUUGGACGGCCAGGUGUCCCUCCAAUACUGGCCCGACAGGUCCGAGGCCUCGGUGGCGGAGCUGGACCUCGGUUGGCCCGAAGCCAUCUCGUAUCGUGGGGUGACGCGCGUGAGCGUUUACACGCAGCCCCCCACUGACGGUCAAGCGCACAUCAAGGAGGUCGUGCGCAAGAGCAUCGCUUCAGCCCAAAAGGUGAUAGCCGUGGUGAUGGACGCCUUCACCGACGUGGACAUAUUUCGAGACCUCCUGGAUGCCGCCUACAGACGGAAAGUUCCUGUCUACAUAAUUAUCGACAUGGCGGCAGUACCCUCUUUUCUUUCCAUGUGUGGUCGAGCUGAUAUGCAUCGCGGACACCUAAAGAAUCUUCGCGUGCGCUGCUGUGGAGGCGUGGAGUUCUUCACACGCUCAGCACAGAAGGUUCGUGGGUCCCUGAGCCAGAGGUUCCUGCUGGUAGAUGGAGACAGAGCCAUCUCCGGUUCAUACAGCUUCACGUGGGCCUCGUCCCGCUUGGACCGUAACCUCAUCACGGUGAUCACAGGACAGGCAAUGGAGACCUUUGACUUCCAGUUUCGGGAACUCUUCCUCUUGUCACGGAGUGUGUCCCUCAGCAAGGUCCCCAUGGUCGACGAACCCAUUCCCGACCCGCUCCCUCAGGCCGCCCCUGUUGUCGUGCCAGCUAGCGUUGCGAAGAAGCUCAUCAACCCCAAGUAUGCAUUGGUUGCUACGGGAACUCACACAAGUCCCACUUCUUCAGACCAGAACUCCAGCAACAAGAACUCUCGGGUCCCAGCUGGGUUAAAAAUACAUAAGGGGCGUCUUAAGGAUGUUUCCGAGGAGCCACAGAUCCAUCCGGCGUUGGUCAAUAUGGAGAAAGCCUACCUGAUACCAUACCUCCCUACCUGGCCGGAACCGGACCCACCGAGUGACGUGAUAGGUUUUAUCAACAUCAGGGAUGAGAAACGAGCCAAUCAGGUUCACUUGCAGAGGUCCGAGCGCUUUGCGGUCAGUCAGGCCAUUCGGUUCAGCUCAUCUCUGACCCUGCCAAGUCCUACCGAGGAGUCCGGUAAGGACACGAAAGAUGACGCGCAACCUGGAACUGGCAAUACAUCGGCUGCUAAAGGUCCGCAGCAGGAAGUCGCAACUCCAUAUAAAGACAGCGCUGACGCAGCAGAUUCCAAAGCGCCCCCGCAGCAGCAGCCCGACUCACUUCUCAAGCAGGAGACACAACAAACUCCCUCUGCGGCGCCUCAGCCGUCGGACACCUCUGGAGAAACUCCAGAGACGCCAGCUGUAGCCCCUCCUGUCCCCAAACGGCGAACAUUACACCUUGUCAUAGAUCCAACCCCCUCGGACCAGCCCAUCGAAACGCAGGUCACCCUGGUUAAAAUCGACAACAUGGAAAUGACCUCCAACAAUAACAACACCCCGGCUGGCCUUGGCCACGUCAACUCCAAGGAGGAGGGCGGCGACUCCGGCAGCAAUGACAACGGCAGCCAGGACAGCACCAAGGUCAUGUGCGACCGAGCAGGCGCCGACGUCCCGUCCAGCGCUUCCACGGCGUCCGAGGAAGAGUUCUUCGACUGCUCCCAGCAGCAGCCCGCCGACCCCUUGGCCGACAGGGUCAGCACAGGGUCUGGCCGCGGCCACCGGCUUAUGGACGGCGUCAACAUGAUGGCCCGCCUCUCUCAGAGCAUGCUGGACCUUCGGGACCCCCCGAGCCAGAAGGAGGACAGCGCCGCCCUCAUCCGCCAGUCGCAGCAGCUGCGCAGGCGGGGCCAUGGCUCACCGCACAGGCGCUUAGGGCAGUUGUUCCAAUUAUCGAGAUCGCCCGGUCGCGAUGGGAGGCUGAGAGGCACAAAAGUCGUCAUCGCCAAACCAGGGAGCUUCCACCGCCCACAGCGAGCCACCGGCCCGGUGAUCGGUGGACAUCGUUACUGGCAUGGACACACGCUACAGCCGGACGCCGCCCUCACACGGGCCGAGACACGAUCCAGCCGCUCAGCGCGCCGCCACAGCCCGGGCGACAGAAAGGGGGCCAACACUUCCUCACCUUUGCCGGCCGCCAACUCGAGUGGGGGAAUUGCACCUCUGUCUAAUUUAAGACAUUCGAAGGUACGAGGUGGAGCCUUGCAGAAGAAAGUGUCUCAGAACAACAACAGGGCCUCCAGGUAGAAAUGAUUGCCAGUCCAGGUACUCCAAGAAUGCUUGUUGAAGGUGACAUGUUUUCAAAAUGGGUGAUGCUUACUGUCGUGUUGGAAUCUUGUCUAAACUUUCAGGUUCAGACCACAUGAAAAGGAAUGUGGAUUUACAUAUCGUGAAUGAGGAAUUGAAUGUAAAUAAAUUACAUUGCCAUCAAGGUGAACUGUAAAUGUAUGCACGCAUACAUUUGACUGGCUAUUACUUAACAAUGCAGUCUCACAAAUGACCAUUUUACUGGAGCCUCUUGACAAAGACUCAUUCAGAUUUUUGCACUGCAAAUCUUGGACUUAGAAAGCUCAACGAUGCAAUGCUUCUGGUGCGAGCCUAGUCUACAAACUGGUUGAACACUGAUGUGGUGGGGGGGGCUGUCAAGGCUUGUUGUUGACAACCUUUGCCUUGCUGAAUUGUACAGAUGUGCGUGGUGUUUAUAAACAUGAUGUGGGACCAAAAGCGAAUGCUACCAAUAAAAGAUUGGAUUUGGGAUGAAA